GAGCAUACAAGGUCGACGUGGAAUGUUUCACAUACUAGGCAGACUACAUAUAUCGAUACAUCAUACUAAUUCAAUAAUAUGUCCCGAACUUCACUGAUUUUUUCGAUCUUUGUGAUUUAUGUGGGCGUUUGCUUGGUCAACUAUACUCUCAUCUUAAUCCAGCGACAUUUUUCAGAGAUGAAGAAGGUGGAUCCGAAUAGUGAAGAAGAUUACUGGGACAAAAUCAAGGCUAACAAAAUCCAAACCUCUGUGGAAAAGAAUUCGGAAGGAGAAAUCAACACUCCGCCACAGGAUAAUUACUUGAAAGUGGUAUGCAUAUCUGACACUCACAACCAGCUUGACUUGGUCCAGAACAUCCCCGAUGGCGAUGUUUUGAUCCAUGCUGGUGAUUUGACGAAUUACGGAUCCAGGGAAGAGUUGGAGAAACUCUUUUCCGAUCUCCUUCGCCAUCGACACAAGUUAAUCGUGGCUGGUAAUCACGACUUGGGUUUCGAUGACUCGGAGGAUGUAACCGGUCGACUGGAGCAGUAUCGCAACAAGGGAACUCCACAAGGCUAUACUCUCCUGCAAAACGUCACUUAUUUGCAUGAUAAGAGUGUGGAGAUUGAUGGAGUCAAAUUUUUUGGAUCAUCAUGGCAUCCGCUUUUCGGCUAUCCAUUUUAUGUCCCUCGACCAAAGUUAGAGAGCAAAUGGAAAGCGAUACCGUCUGAUCUCGAUGUUCUUAUUACUCACACUCCACCGCUAGGUUAUUUGGAUCUGUUCGGUGAUGAGAGAUGGGGUUGCCGCUAUCUACUCAAUGAAAUUGAAACUCGUGUCAAACCCAGAUUCCAUGUUUUUGGCCAUGUCCAUGAACGAUACGGAGCAAUGUCGAAUGGAGUAACGACCUUCAUCAAUGCAGCGCAAGCGAAUCGAAGCAAUGUGAUUGUAAACGAUCCUAUAGUUUUCUAUAUCCCAAAAAAGAUCUCCGCCGCAAUUUAA